GGCGGAUUACCGGAGUCUCAUCCCGUCGGAGGAUGACGAGGAUGAGCCCCCUCAAAGCAGAGUCCGGCCGCGGCUGGCCCCGCGCCCCGUGCAGUCCACGCUGUCGGAAGCGCUGUCGGCCCAGGCCGCCCGGCGUCCGUCCAAGUUCCGCCGGAGCAUGAGCGGCAUCCCGAACCUCCAGGAGACCCUGAAGGAGAGGCAGGCACGGUUUAGAGAUGCAAGGGAAAACCGCAAGAUGAAUAUCGAUUCUGCAUAUAAGUAUAUCUUUGAAAUCAUCUCGGACAAGGUUGGCCUGGACCUAGUAACAGUUGAAGAAUUAAUUUUGGAUUGCCCUUCUCUGGAGCCAUUUGUCCACUUUUUUGAGAAAGAUGGCUGUAAGACUUUGAAAAUUUUGUAUCAGGAAGGAGAUGUUCCUGGUCUUGAAUGUGGUCGAACUCUUGCUGGAGCAGGCAAAGGGAUGAAAAUGAUGCGAUUGUAUAUAGACAGCACAGCUCCCGACAAACUGAAAGGGCUGUGUCUCAUUUUUGUUCGCUAUCGUAGUGACAUUGCUUUGAAUGCUAAAACUAUUCAUGAGGAUGUGAUGUUUACUGUUUUGGAUGCAUCAAAAGGACUCUUAGAAGGAAUCAGGAAGAUGUUAUCAGAACUCUUUCUCCCAGCUAUUCUAGCCACAAACAACUGGGGUGCCUUAAACCAGUCUAAGCAGGGAGAAUCUGAAAAACAUAUUUUCGUUGAAACAAUUAACAGAUACCUUUCAUUUUUAGAUGGUGCUAGAAUAAGUAUUGAGGGAACAGUGAUGUUAAAGAAGAUAGACAAUGUUGAUUUUUCUAGACUGCUCACCUUUAAAGAAGUGACAACCGCAGCAAGCAAUUCAGAAACGGUUCACCAGCUGGAGGAGGUACUGAUGGUGUGGUACAAGCAGAUUGAACAGGUACUUAUUGAGAGCGAGCAGAUGAGAAAAGAAGCUGAUGAUUCCGGUCCCCUCACUGAGCUAGAACACUGGAAACGGAUGUCAGCCAAGUUCAACUUCAUCAUCGAGCAGAUCAAAGGUCCAAGCUGUAAGGCUGUUAUCAAUGUACUCAACGUUGCACAUUCCAAACUAUUAAAGAAUUGGCGUGAUUUGGAUGCCAGAAUCACAGAUACAGCAAAUGAAUCAAAGGAUAAUGUUAGAUAUUUGUACACUUUGGAAAAAGUUUGUCAACCUCUCUAUAACUAUGAUUUGGUUUCCAUGGCCCAUGGAAUACAAAACCUGAUUAAUGCCAUCAGAAUGAUUCACAGUGUGUCAAGGUAUUACAACACCUCAGAGAGAAUGACCUCUUUGUUUAUCAAGGUAACAAAUCAAAUGGUGACAGCAUGUAAAGCAUACAUUACGGAUGGAGGAAUAAAUCAUGUAUGGGAUCAGGAAACCCCAGCAGUACUGAAGAAAAUUCAGGAUUGCAUUUUUCUAUUCAAGGAAUAUCAGGCAUCUUUCCAUAAAACAAGGAAACAGAUUUUAGAAUCCUCAGGAGAAAAAUCUUUUGAGGUUUCAGAAAUGUAUAUUUUUGGAAAAUUUGAAGCUUUUUGUAAAAGAUUGGAGAAAAUUACAGAAAUGAUAACAAUUGUGCAAACAUAUUCAGCCUUGAGUAAUUCUACAAUAGAAGGCAUAGAUAUUAUGGCAAUAAAAUUCAAAAAUAUUUAUCAAGGAGUUAAGAAAAAGCAAUAUGACAUUCUGGAUCCACGAAGGACAGAAUUUGAUACAGAUUUCUUAGAGUUUAUGACAAAGAUCAAUGGUUUAGAGAUACAAAUACAAGGAUUUAUGAACACUACUUUUGGAAAAAUCUUAUCUUCUCAGCAGGCUCUUCAGCUACUUCAAAGAUUUCAGAAGCUAAACAUUCCCUGUCUGCAGGUAGAAAUCAAUCGUACAAUUGAGCGAAUUCUUCAGUAUUAUGUGGCUGAACUUGAAGCUACUAAGAAGCUUUAUCAUUCUCAAAAAGAAGACCCCCCUCUCGCUCGCAAUAUGCCCCCAAUAGCAGGAAAAAUCCUCUGGGUGAGACAGCUCUAUCGGCGGAUAAAUGAGCCCAUCAACUAUUUUUUUAAAAACUCAGACAUUUUAUCAAGCAAUGAAGGGAAAGCUGUGAUCCGCCAGUUCAACAAAAUCUCCUACGUUCUAGUGGAGUUUGAAGUGGUGUACCACACAGCCUGGGUCAAAGAGAUUUCACAGUUACACUACGCUUUGCAAGCCACACUUUUCGUGCGACAUCCGGAGACAGGGAAGUUGCUGGUUAAUUUUGAUCCUAAAAUUUUAGAAGUUGUUCGGGAAACCAAGUGUAUGAUAAAGAUGAAGUUGGAUGUUCCAGAACAGGCAAAGAGAUUGUUAAAAUGGGAAAGUAAAUUGAAAGCAGACAAACUGUAUUUGCAGGGUCUUCUGCAGUAUUAUGAUGACUUAUGUCAGGAAGUGCCUUCUGUGUUUGUCAAUCUGAUGGCUCCUAAAACAAAACAGGUGGAAUUUGUGUUGCGGCAGGGUCUCACAAUAUUAACAUGGUCAUCUUUAACUCUGGAACGCUUCUUUCAUGAGGUUGAAUCUGUUUUGGAUAUGUUCAAUCAACUUUUAAAGAAGGUUAGCGACUUGUGUGAAAUGCAUAUUGAUACAGUUCUCAAGGAGAUAGCCAAAACUGUGCUAAUAUCUUUGCCUGAAAGCGGUGCUACCAGAGUAGAGGAUAUGUUGACCCUCAAUGAGGUAUGCACCAAAGAAUGGGCUGAUAUUCUAAACCACAAAAGUAGGCAUGUGGAAGAGGCUGUCAAAGAACUUAUAUUAAUAUUUGAGCAAAUUUAUGAAGUUAAGUACACGGGGAAAGGAAAAAAGUUACCAGAACAACGGAAACAUGUUGUUUUUGGAAAUGAAACCGAAGAGGCGGAAAACAAUGACUAUGACGAGAUGGUGAAGGAGGUGGAUAGCAACGAUAAGGAAGAUGAAUUUAAAAAGGAAUGCAAAGAAGUCUAUGCUUUUUUCUCUCAUCAAUUACUGGACAGUCUUCAGAAAGCAACACGUUUGUCUCUGGAUACAAUGAAAAGGAGAAUAUUUGUUUCAAGCCCAUACGGACGAAAACGGUCGGAGGACAUUAUUUCCUUUAUAAAAUCGGAAGUGCAUCUUGCAAUCCCUAACGUGGUGAUGGUUCCUAGCCUAGAUGACAUCCAACAAGCCAUUAACCGCAUGAUCCAGUUAACCCUGGAGGUCAGCAGGGGAGUGGCCCACUGGGGACAGCAGCAGGUCCGCCAGAUCAAACCCGUCAUUGCCAGUGGCUCCCGCACCGACCAGACUCACCCAAGCACAGGCAAACAGAAGAAGGAUGAAAGAUCUUUUGAGGAAGUUAUUCCAGCAAGGAAGCUGAAGAACUUUUACCCCGGGGUGGCGGAGCACAAGGAUAUUUCCAAGCUGGUCCUUCUCCUUUCGUCCUCCGUGAACUCUCUAAGAAAGGCGGCCAACGAAGCCCUGCAGGACUUUCAGAAGUACAAGAGUCUCUGGACGGAGGACCGGGAUGUGAAAGUGAAGGAGUUUUUGGCCAACAACCCGUCCCUGACAGAGAUCAGAUCCGAGAUUCUCCACUAUGCUACUUUUGAGCAGGAGAUUGAUGAGUUGAAGCCCAUCAUUAUUGUAGGGGCUCUUGAAUUGCAUACAGAACCCAUGAAAUUAGCUUUAUCAAUUGAAGCAAAGGCCUGGAAGAUGUUGCUCUGUCGAUAUUUGAAUGAAGAAUACAAAAAGAAAAUGCUAGACAUGAUAACAUUUAUCAAUGAAUACUUGAAAAAGCUGUCCAGACCUAUUCGUGAUUUAGAUGAUGUCAGAUUUGCGAUGGAAGCCUUGUCUUGUAUUCGUGAUAAUGAAAUCCAAAUGGACAUGACUCUGGGACCAAUUGAAGAAGCCUAUGGUAUUUUAAACAGAUUCGAAGUUGAAGUCACCAAAGAAGAAUCGGAAGCAGUUGAUACUUUGAGAUACUCAUUCAACAAACUGCAGAGCAAAGCUGUUUCUGUACAAGAUGAACUAGUUCAAGUGCAACCAAAGUUUAAGAGCGAUCUCCUUGAGGCUGUAGAAGUUUUUCGUGAGGACGUCACGAACUUUUCAGAAGCCUAUGAGACGGAAGGACCUAUGGUUCCUAAAAUACCACCCCAAGAAGCCAGCAACAGGCUGCAGAUAUUUCAGGCCAACUUCGAUGAUCUGUGGAGGAAAUUUGUUACCUAUUCCUCUGGCGAACAGCUUUUUGGACUGCCUGUGACUGACUAUGAGAUUCUACACAAAACCAGGAAAGAACUGAACUUGCUGCAGAAGCUGUAUGGCCUUUAUGACACUGUCAUGGGCAGUAUUAGCGGGUACUAUGAGAUUCUUUGGGGCGAUGUAGAUAUUGAAAAAAUCAAUGGAGAGUUGCAAGAAUUUCAGAACAGAUGUCGUAAGCUUCCCAAGGGGCUUAAAGAUUGGCAAGCUUUUUUGGAUCUGAAGAAGAGAAUCGAUGACUUCAGUGAGUCUUGCCCGCUACUAGAAAUGAUGACCAAUAAGGCGAUGAAGCAGAGACACUGGGAUCGAAUCUCUGAGUUAACUGGAACCCCAUUCGAUGUGGAAUCAGAUUCUUUUUGCCUUAGAAAUAUCAUGGAAGCUCCGCUCCUUAAAAACAAAGAUGAUAUUGAGGAUAUUUGCAUAUCUGCCAGUAAGGAAAAGGAUAUUGAAGCCAAGCUGGCUCUAGUGGUGGAUAACUGGACCAAUCAGAACCUGAGUUUUGCACCCUUUAAAGGGAAGGGAGAGCUCCUGCUCAAAGGAACCGAAUCGGGGGAAAUAAUCACUUUGAUGGAGGAUAGCUUAAUGGUCUUGGGUUCCUUGCUAAGCAACAGAUAUAAUGCCCCGUUUAAAAAAAAUAUCCAGAAUUGGGUGUAUAAACUGUCCACUUCCUCAGAUAUCAUUGAAGAGUGGCUGGUGGUGCAGAACCUUUGGGUCUACCUUGAAGCUGUCUUCGUAGGGGGCGAUAUUGCCAAACAGCUGCCCCAGGAAGCAAAACGUUUUCAGAAUAUUGACAAGGCGUGGGUAAAAAUCAUGCAGCGAGCUCAUGAGAACCCCAAUGUGAUCAGCUGCUGUGUUGGAGACGAAACCAUGGGGCAGCUCUUGCCUCAUUUACAUGAACAGCUGGAAGUAUGUCAGAAGUCACUUUCAGGGUAUUUGGAGAAGAAGCGAUUAUUGUUUCCGAGAUUCUUCUUCGUAUCUGAUCCAGUUCUCCUGGAAAUCCUUGGACAAGCCAGUGAUUCGCACACCAUACAGCCCCAUCUCCCUGCAGUGUCUGACAACAUAAACGAGGUGACAUUUCAUGCAAAAGACUAUGAUCGGAUGAUGGCCGUCAUAUCAAGAGAAGGAGAAAAGAUAGUUUUGGACACUCCUGUCAUGGCCAAAGGCCCGGUGGAGAUUUGGCUUCUGGACUUGUUAAAAGUGCAGAUGUCAUCAUUGCAUAAUAUAAUCCGAUCUGCCUUCUAUCAGAUCAGCGAUUCGGGAUUUCAACUCUUACCUUUCCUCCAGCACUUUCCAGCACAGGUUGGGCUCCUGGGAAUUCAGAUGUUAUGGACGCAUGAUUCAGAAGAGGCCUUAAACAAUGCAAAAGAUGACAGGAAAAUCAUGCAAUUGACUAAUCAGAAAUUUUUGGACAUCUUAAAUACUCUUAUUAGUCAGACAACACAUGACCUGACCAAGUUUGAUAGAGUGAAAUUUGAAACCCUCAUUACCAUCCAUGUGCAUCAAAGGGAUAUUUUUGAUGACUUGGUAAAAAUGCACAUCAAGUCCGUUACUGAUUUUGAAUGGCUAAAACAGAGUCGAUUUUAUUUUAAGGAAGAUUUGGAUCAGACUGUGGUGUCUAUUACUGAUGUUGAUUUUGUUUACCAAAAUGAAUUUCUGGGGUGCACCGAUCGCCUUGUUAUCACUCCAUUAACGGAUAGAUGUUAUAUCACGCUAGCGCAGGCAUUGGGAAUGAACAUGGGCGGUGCCCCAGCUGGCCCUGCAGGCACUGGCAAAACAGAAACCACAAAGGACAUGGGCAGGUGUCUUGGAAAGUAUGUGGUGGUAUUCAACUGCUCAGAUCAAAUGGACUUCAGAGGCCUAGGAAGGAUUUUCAAAGGUCUUGCACAGUCUGGUUCCUGGGGCUGUUUUGAUGAGUUUAACAGAAUUGAAUUGCCUGUGUUAUCAGUGGCGGCCCAACAGAUUUAUAUUGUUUUGACAGCGAGAAAAGAGAGGAAAAAACAGUUCAUUUUUUCUGAUGGCGACUGUGUUGAUUUAAAUCCAGAAUUUGGAAUCUUCUUAACCAUGAACCCCGGAUAUGCUGGGCGCCAGGAGCUGCCAGAAAACUUGAAAAUCCAGUUCAGGACCGUUGCUAUGAUGGUCCCUGACCGACAGAUCAUUAUGCGGGUUAAACUUGCAAGCUGUGGCUUUCUUGAAAACGUGAUCUUGGCCCAAAAGUUUUAUGUGCUUUACAAACUCUGUGAAGAGCAACUUACUAAACAGGUGCAUUAUGACUUUGGAUUGAGAAAUAUUCUAUCUGUAUUGAGGACACUUGGGUCACAAAAGAGAGCCAGACCAGAAGAUAGUGAAUUAAGCACUGUCAUGAGAGGACUGAGAGAUAUGAACCUUUCUAAAUUGGUUGAUGAAGAUGAGCCCUUGUUCCUCAGCUUAAUCAACGACCUGUUCCCAGGAUUACAGCUGGACAGUAGCACGUAUGUGGAACUGCAGGCAGCCGUGGACAACCAGGUUCAGCUAGAAGGAUUGAUUAACCACCCGCCCUGGAACCUCAAACUUGUGCAGUUAUACGAGACAUCUCUGGUACGGCAUGGCUUGAUGACUCUUGGGCCCAGUGGUUCUGGAAAGACAGCGGUUAUAACAAUUCUGAUGAAGGCGCAGACAGAAUGUGGAAGACCCCACAGGGAAAUGCGAAUGAACCCCAAAGCCAUUACUGCACCCCAGAUGUUUGGCAGGCUGGAUACUGCUACCAAUGACUGGACCGAUGGGAUUUUUUCUACUCUGUGGAGAAAAACAUUAAAGGCUAAGAAAGGUGAAAACAUUUUCCUCGUUUUAGAUGGCCCUGUGGACGCCAUUUGGAUCGAGAAUUUAAACUCUGUGUUGGAUGACAACAAGACCCUCACGUUAGCUAACGGGGACCGCAUUCCGAUGGCUCCCAGUUGUAAGCUUCUUUUCGAGGUCCACAAUAUUGAGAACGCGUCUCCAGCUACCGUGUCUCGCAUGGGCAUGGUCUAUAUCAGCAGCUCCGCUCUCAGCUGGAGGCCGAUAUUACAGGCGUGGCUGAAGAAGCGUACCGCCCAGGAAGCCACCACGUUCCUGACUCUCUACGACAAAGCAUUUGAAGACGCGUAUACGUACAUGAAACUCAACCUCAAUCCCAAGAUGCAGCUCUUAGAGUGCAACUAUAUUGUGCAAUCUCUCAAUCUCCUGGAAGGUUUAAUUCCCUCCAAAGAAGAAGGUGGCGUCGCUUCUGUUGAUCACCUCCAUAAAUUGUUUGUCUUUGGUCUCAUGUGGAGUUUGGGAGCCCUUCUGGAACUAGAUAACAGAGAAAAGCUUGAACUCUUUUUACGAAGCCACGGAAGCAGUUUAGACUUGCCCAAAAUACCUAAAGGCACAAAUCAGACCAUGUAUGAGUUUUAUGUUACUGAUUAUGGUGAUUGGGAGCACUGGAAUAAGAAACUUCAGCCAUAUUAUUAUCCAACGGACAGUAUUCCAGAAUAUUCGUCAAUUUUGGUUCCGAAUGUAGACAAUAUUAGAACAAAUUUUCUGAUAGAAACCAUCGCAAAACAAUAUAAAGCUGUUCUGCUCACAGGAGAGCAGGGGACUGCAAAGACGGUGAUGGUGAAGGCCUACUUGAAAAAAUAUGACCCUGAAGUCCAGCUAUCCAAGUCCGUCAACUUUUCAUCUGCCACAGAACCAAUGAUGUUUCAGAGAACAAUUGAGAGCUAUGUGGAUAAGCGAAUGGGAAGCACAUAUGGGCCCCCAGGAGGGAGAAAAAUGACUGUCUUUAUUGAUGACAUUAAUAUGCCUGUAAUUAAUGAGUGGGGAGAUCAGAUCACUAACGAGAUUGUGCGGCAGAUGAUGGAGAUGGAAGGAAUGUACAGCUUAGACAAACCUGGGGACUUCACCACCAUCGUGGACGUCCAGAUCAUCGCCGCCAUGAUUCACCCUGGCGGGGGGCGGAACGACAUUCCGCAGCGUUUAAAGAGACAGUUCACUGUCUUCAACUGCACACUGCCAUCAAAUACUUCAAUAGACAAGAUUUUUGGAGUUAUUGGCUGUGGCUACUUCGAUCCUUGUAGAAAGUUCAAGCCUCAGAUAUGUGAGAUGAUUGGGAACUUGGUGUCCGUGGGCAGAGUGCUGUGGCAGUGGACGAAGGUGAAGAUGUUGCCAACGCCUUCUAAAUUCCAUUACAUCUUCAAUCUUCGAGAUCUUUCCAGAAUUUGGCAAGGAAUGCUAACCAUAAGGGCCGAUGAGUGUGACUCACUUGCUAUUCUCCUGUCACUUUUCAAACAUGAGUGUAACAGAGUGAUUGCAGACCGAUUUGUAACUCCGGAAGACGAGCACUGGUUUAACACACAUCUUGUCCGUGCAAUUGAAGAGACCAUCGGGUCUGAGGUGGUGUCAUACAUUCACCCGGAACCAUAUUUUGUGGAUUUUCUCCGUGACAUGCCUGAACCGACUGGCGACGAACCUGAAGACACUCUAUUUGAAGUGCCCAAAAUCUAUGAAUUGAUACCAUCGUAUGAAUUUCUGUCUGAAAAGCUACAGUUCUACCAGAGGCAGUUCAAUGAAUUCAUUCGAGGAACCUCUCUUGACCUGGUGUUUUUUAAAGAUGCAAUGACUCAUCUUGUUAAGAUUUCCCGAAUCAUUCGAACCUCAUGUGGAAACGCUUUGCUGGUGGGUGUUGGUGGUUCAGGAAAACAGAGCCUUUCAAGACUGGCGUCUUUUAUUGCUGGAUAUCAGAUAUUCCAAAUCACAUUAACCAGGUCUUACAACGUGAAUAAUCUCAUUGAUGACUUAAAAUCUCUGUAUAAAGUUGCGGGUGCCGAGGGAAAGGGCAUUACCUUCAUCUUCACGGACAACGAGAUCAAAGAUGAGGCAUUUCUAGAAUACCUGAACAACCUGCUGUCCUCGGGGGAGAUCUCCAAUUUGUUUGCACGAGAUGAGCUGGACGAAAUCACCCAAAGUCUGAUAUCUGUGAUGAAAAAGGAGCUGCCUCGCCACCCUCCGACCUUCGAUAACCUGUACGAAUACUUCAUUUCACGCUCCAGGAGGAACUUGCACGUGGUUCUCUGCUUCUCGCCAGUCGGUGAAAAGUUUCGAGCGCGUUCUCUGAAAUUCCCUGGCCUGAUAUCGGGUUGUACAAUGGAUUGGUUCAGCCGCUGGCCCAAGGAGGCUCUGGUCGCCGUGGCCUCCUACUUCCUGUUGGAAUAUAAUAUCGUCUGUUCUUUUGAAACCAAAAAGCAAGUUGUGGAAACAAUGGGCCUCUUUCACGACAUGGUUUCUGAGAGCUGUGAGAAUUAUUUCCAAAGGUACCGCCGAAGAGCACACGUGACUCCCAAAUCUUACCUUUCAUUUAUAAAUGGCUAUAAAAACAUUUACACCGAGAAGGUGAAAUAUAUCAAUGAACAAGCUGACCGCAUGAAUAUUGGUCUCGAUAAGCUUAUGGAAGCAAGUGAGUCAGUUGCUAAACUCUCCCAGGAUCUGGCGGUGAAGGAGAAGGAGUUAGCCGUGGCGUCUGUGAAAGCGGAUGAAGUGCUGGCGGAAGUCACAAUAAGUGCCCAGGCUUCGGCCAAAGUGAAAAAUGAAGUGCAGGAGGUGAAAGACAAAGCCCAGAAGAUCGUGGACGAAAUCGAUUCCGAGAAAGUCAAAGCGGAGACGAAGCUGGAGGCCGCGAAGCCGGCCCUGGAGGAGGCGGAGGCCGCCCUGAACACUAUCAAGCCGAACGACAUUGCCACAGUCAGGAAGCUGGCAAAACCCCCGCAUCUUAUUAUGAGGAUCAUGGACUGCGUACUGUUACUGUUUCAAAAGAAAAUCGACCCUGUUACGAUGGAUCCAGAGAAACCUUGCUGCAAGCCAUCCUGGGGAGAGUCGUUAAAGCUGAUGAGUGCGACCGGGUUCCUGUGGAAUCUUCAGCAGUUCCCAAAGGACACAAUCAACGAAGAGACGGUGGAGUUGUUACAGCCCUAUUUCAAUAUGGAUGAUUACACUUUUGAAAGCGCCAAGAAAGUCUGUGGGAAUGUGGCUGGCCUGCUGUCCUGGACACUCGCGAUGGCCAUAUUUUAUGGCAUCAACAGGGAAGUGUUGCCUCUGAAGGCGAACCUGGCCAAGCAGGAAGGCCGCUUGGCCGUGGCUAACGCUGAGCUAGGGAAAGCCCAGGCACUGCUGGACGAGAAGCAAGCCGAGCUGGAUAAAGUACAAGCGAAAUUUGACGCAGCAAUGAAUGAGAAAAUGGAUCUGCUCAAUGAUGCGGACAUGUGCCGGAAGAAGAUGCAGGCCGCCUCUGCCCUCAUCGACGGGCUGAGCGGAGAGAAGGUCCGCUGGACCCAGCAAAGUAAAGAGUUCAAAGCUCAGAUCAACCGGCUGGUGGGCGACGUGCUGCUGUGCACCGGCUUCCUCUCCUACCUGGGGCCUUUCAAUCAGAUAUUCAGGAACUACUUGCUUAAAGAGCAGUGGGAGUUGGAGUUGAGGUCCCGGAAGAUUCCUUUCACGGAAAACCUGAAUCUGAUUGCCAUGUUGGUGGAUCCCCCGACGAUUGGUGAGUGGGGCUUGCAAGGACUUCCGGGAGAUGACCUCUCAAUUCAGAAUGGCAUUAUUGUGACAAAGGCCACCAGAUACCCACUCCUCAUAGAUCCACAGACUCAGGGCAAAACUUGGAUUAAAUCGAAGGAAAAAGAAAAUGAUUUGCAGGUGACGUCUCUGAACCACAAGUACUUCCGCACGCACCUGGAGGACUGCCUGUCCCUGGGCCGACCCCUCCUCAUCGAGGACAUCCGGGAAGAGCUGGACCCCGCCCUGGAUAACGUGUUAGAGAAAAACUUCAUCAAGUCGGGCACCAGCUUCAAGGUGAAGGUGGGCGACAAGGAGUGUGACAUCAUGGACACCUUCAAGCUGUACAUCACCACCAAGCUGCCCAACCCGGCCUUCACGCCCGAGAUCAACGCCAAGACCUCCGUCAUCGACUUCACCGUCACCAUGAAGGGGCUGGAGAACCAGCUGCUGCGGAGGGUCAUCCUCACCGAGAAGCAGGAACUGGAGUCUGAGAGGGUUAAACUUAUGGAGGAUGUUACUUUUAACAAGCGGAAGAUGAAAGAACUUGAAGAUAACCUGCUGUAUAAAUUGAGCGCCACCAAAGGUUCCUUGGUAGAUGAUGAGUCUCUCAUUGGCGUCCUGAGAACCACCAAGCAGACGGCCGCUGAGGUCAGUGAGAAGCUGCACGUGGCAGCCGAAACAGAGAUCAAGAUCAACACGGCCCAGGAGGAGUUCCGGCCGGCAGCCACCAGGGGGAGCAUCCUCUACUUCCUCAUCACAGAGAUGAGUAUGGUCAACAUCAUGUACCAGACGUCGCUGGCCCAGUUCCUCAAGUUGUUUGACCAGUCUAUGGCCAGAUCUGAAAAGUCUCCAUUACCUCAAAAGAGAAUCACCAAUAUCAUCGAGUACCUGACGUACGAAGUGUUUACAUACUCGGUCAGGGGCCUGUACGAAAACCACAAGUUCCUCUUCGUCCUCCUCAUGACCCUGAAGAUCGACCUUCAGAGGGGGACCGUGAAGCCCCGGGAAUUUCAUGCUCUCAUCAAAGGGGGCGCCGCGCUGGACCUGAAGGCCUGCCCUCCCAAGCCCUUCCGCUGGAUCCUCGACAUGACGUGGCUGAACCUGGUAGAGCUGAGCAAACUCCCUCAAUUUGCAGAAAUUAUGAACCAGGUAUCACGUAAUGAGAAGGGGUGGAAAAGCUGGUUUGAUAAAGAUGCUCCGGAGGAGGAGAUCAUACCCGAUGGGUACAACGAUUCUCUGGACACCUGCCACAAGCUCUUACUCAUCAGGUCUUGGUGCCCAGACCGUACUGUUUUUCAAGCAAGAAAGUAUAUUGCCGACUCUUUGGAGGAGAAGUACACAGAGCCGGUCAUCUUAAACCUGGAGAAAACCUGGGAAGAGAGCGACUCCCGGACGCCGCUCAUCUGCUUCCUGUCGAUGGGAUCCGACCCCACCAUUCAGAUUGACGCGCUGGCCAAGAAGCUAAAGCUGGAAUGUCGAACGAUCUCCAUGGGCCAGGGCCAAGAAGUGCACGCUCGGAAGCUCAUUCAGAUGUCAAUGCAGCAGGGCGGUUGGGUCUUGCUUCAGAAUUGUCACCUUGGCCUGGAAUUCAUGGAGGAAUUGCUGGAGACGCUGAUCACCACGGAGGCCAAUGAUGAGUCCUUCCGCGUGUGGAUCACCACGGAGCCUCACGACCGAUUUCCCAUCACGUUGCUGCAGACUUCUCUCAAAUUCACAAAUGAGCCGCCCCAAGGGGUACGCGCGGGUCUGAAAAGAACAUUCGCCGGGAUUAAUCAAGACCUUCUGGACAUCAGCAAUUUACCCAUGUGGAAACCCAUGCUCUACACCGUAGCGUUUUUACACUCCACCGUGCAGGAAAGACGAAAAUUUGGUCCGUUAGGAUGGAAUAUUCCCUAUGAAUUCAAUUCAGCUGACUUUUCAGCCAGUGUUCAGUUUAUUCAGAAUCACCUGGAUGAAUGUGAUAUUAAAAAGGGUGUCUCGUGGAGUACAGUGCGGUACAUGAUUGGAGAGGUCCAAUAUGGAGGCCGAGUGACGGAUGACUUUGACAAACGUCUACUCAAUUGCUUUGCUAGAGUCUGGUUCAGCGAGAAGAUGUUUGAACCUUCAUUCUGUUUUUAUACUGGCUAUAAAAUCCCCGUGUGCAAAACCUUGGACCAGUAUUUUGAGUACAUCCAGUCGCUGCCGUCCUUAGAUAACCCCGAAGUCUUUGGGCUUCACCCCAAUGCUGAUAUCACGUAUCAGAGCAACACCGCUUCGGGCGUGCUUGAAACGAUCACCAACAUCCAGCCCAAAGAGAGCGGAGGAGGAGUCGGGGAGACGCGCGAGGCCAUCGUUUACAGGCUGUCUGAAGACAUGCUGAGCAAGCUACCCCCGGAUUACAUUCCUCACGAGGUGAAAGCUCGUUUGAUAAAGAUGGGGCAUCUUAAUUCAAUGAACAUAUUUCUCAGACAAGAGAUUGACAGGAUGCAAAGAGUCAUCUCAAUACUUCGCAGCAGCCUGAGUGACCUCAAGUUGGCCAUUGAAGGCACAAUCAUCAUGAGUGAGAACCUGAGAGACGCCCUGGACAACAUGUACGACGCGCGCAUCCCGCAGCUCUGGAAGAGGGUGUCCUGGGACUCCUCCACUCUGGGCUUCUGGUUUACAGAACUUUUGGAAAGGAACGCUCAGUUUGCUACCUGGAUAUUUGAAGGGCGGCCUAAUGUGUUCUGGAUGACUGGUUUCUUUAACCCCCAAGGAUUCCUCACAGCAAUGAGGCAAGAGGUGACCCGCGCCCACAAAGGCUGGGCUCUGGACACGGUGACCAUUCACAAUGACGUUCUGCGGCAGACCAAGGAGGAGAUCGUGUCGCCUCCUGUGGAAGGCGUGUAUAUUUAUGGGCUGUACAUGGACGGCGCGGGCUGGGACAGGCGGAACGGGAAGCUCACAGAAUCCACUCCCAAGGUGCUCUUCACGCAGCUGCCCGUGCUGCACAUCUUCGCCAUUAACUCCACCGCGCCCAAGGACCCCAAACUGUACGUGUGUCCCAUCUACAAGAAACCCAGGCGCACUGACCUGACCUUCAUCACGGUCGUGUACUUGCGGACGGUGCUGGCCCCGGAUCACUGGAUCCUGAGGGGCGUGGCCCUUUUGUGUGACAUCAAGUGA